AUGGUCACGUGAACGUGGAAACGUGGAUUUUCUCAUUUUAUUUUUGAGUUUUUUCAUUUCGAACACCGGACCUCGCUUCGUUUAGCUGCUUUCUGACUGUUGCAAGGUUUGUUUGAAUUAUUUUUCUUGGGAUAUAAAAUUUAUUAAAUCAAGGUAUUCGACUUAUUCUGCCUGGAUUAAUUUGAAAGAAUUGAAGGAAAUUUUAUGGGGUUUUUGAGGUUCAAUAGAGCCUUGACGGCCGUAAAAACCUUUUUUUCAUUAUUUUAAAAAAUCAUUUACUAAAACUACCAGAUAUAGCUGAUUCACGGCUGGCUUGAGCCAUUAAAAAAAAGGUCCUGACCUGACACGAUGAUGCAUGAGAUAGCGUCUGGCUCGUGGAGAGCGCAGACAAGCCACGCCCCCUUAGCGUCACAAGCUGGCCGUGAAUCAGCUAUACAUCAAAAUGAAGAUUCUGGUGAUUUUUAAAUAGAUCAUAUCAUGUUUUUGCAUCCUUUUCCUUUUUUCAAUAUUUCUUUUAGAACGAAAAAAGUGAAUUUCAGUUAGAAAAAAUGGGAAUUUUCAACGACGUUUCAACUGCCGCGAACGAAAACCUUUUCGCUGCGCCGUCCAUGUUCCGCACCGCCCAUUGUGCAGGAAAAUGUCCCAAAAGUUGGCUUCAAAAUAUAGUGGAUCAUGCGCAAACUUGUCACGUUUUGGUUUAAAAAAAAGUAGGUAAAUUACAGUGUACUGAGCUUUUCUGCGUGCUUUCCCUUCAAGACCUGUGAUCUAAAAUUAUACCGUACUCUGACCGGAAAAAAAACGUGACAAGUUGGCGUGGAAUAGUCUACAGUAACUUUCUUCGAACUUUUGAUUUUUCAGAAGGGUGCGACGACAUCCAACUCGGCUCGAUGAAAUUCUACACGCUUUGCGCCCUGGGCGGAUCCUUGUCCUGUGGCUUGACCCACACGCUUAUCGUGCCCCUUGAUCUCGUCAAAUGUCGCAUUCAGGUGGUUUUGAAUGUGGAAAUGACAUUUAUGGGUGUUUUGAAAACUAGCAAUUUUACUGAAGCUGAUUAAAAAAAAUUUUCCUAGAUCCCUUCCUGGAUUUUCCAUGUUUUUUGAGGUUACAAAAGUUUAAAAACUUUGAAAAUUCAUCAACUGACAAUGAAGCCUUUCAAAAGUAUCGAAAAGUGCUUCUUACAAUGGAAACUAGAAAAGUUUGUAGAGAAACCGAUAUUUUUUCCGAAUUUUUCUCUCUUCCAGAUAAUUAGAGCUCUCAGAAGUUUCCAAGAUUGAAAAACUUACCUUUGAUACUGUCAGGUGAACGCCGAGAAGUACAAAGGCGUUGCGACGGGUUUCCGAGUGACGGUGGCCGAAGAAGGAAUCCGCGGCCUGGGCCGAGGAUGGGCGCCCACCUUCAUCGGCUACUCGAUGCAGGGCCUCGGCAAGUUCGGAUUCUACGAGCUCUUCAAGAACAUCUACUCCAACAUGCUCGGCGAGGUACAACGUCUUCAACAGCUUCCUGUUGAAUGAAAACGAUUUCCAGGAGAACGCGUACCUGUGGCGCACGUCCCUUUACCUGGCCGCGUCGGCCUCCGCCGAGUUCUUUGCCGACAUUUUGCUGGCGCCGAUGGAAGCGACCAAAGUUCGGAUCCAGACGUCUCCGACGGCGCCGCCGACCCUGCGAGGCUGCGUUCCCAUGAUUUACAAGACCGAGGGAUUGACGGGCUUCUUUAAAGUAUAGUUUGAUCCUCUAGAUUUAUUGCAGAAGGGAUCUGACCGAGAAAAUUUCAUUCAAGUAGUUCCGGUUGUUAGAAUUUUACUGAAGACGUGAGAUAACUACAUCUUUGAGGCGGGACUGUUUGUAAUUUAACAGAACUUACACAAGCUUCAGGGAACUAAGAAUGAAAAAAGCCUCUUUGCAGAGUGCUGCAGCAAAAUACAAUUUUCAAUCCUUCAUACUUUUCUCCUUCAGGGACUCCCACCUCUCUGGACUCGCCAGAUUCCCUACACGAUGAUGAAGUUCUCGUGUUUCGAGAGAACUGUCGAGUUGCUUUACCAAUACGUCGUGCCAAAGCCGCGGGCUCAGUGCUCCAAGGCCGAACAGUUGGUCGUGACCUUCACGGCUGGCUACAUUGCUGGUGCGGCUCAACUUCUCGGAAGUCACACCAAAGACCUCUUCCAGGCGUGUUCUGCGCCGUCGUCUCGCAUCCGGCCGACACGAUCGUCUCCAAAAUGAACCAGAACGCGAGCGCCGGCGCCGUCGAACUCGUGAAGCAGCUCGGCUGGGCCGGCUGCUGGAAGGGCCUCACGCCGAGGAUCAUCAUGGUCGGCACGUUGACCGCCCUUCAGUGGUUCAUCUACGACUCCUUCAAGGUCUUUUCUUUCUAACCACGGAUGUUUCUUAGGCUCAGGUCUGGUCCAAACCUCUUUUUCAAACGCUCGAAAAUGGCUUCCCUGAAGGUUUUUGGUUCCGAAAACAACUCCUUUGAAUGAGCCGUUCAUAAAAGCAAAAGAAAAACAGUUAUUUUUUUUAAACCAGAUCUGCAAUGACUACAGAAAUGGAUUCCAAACUCUGUAAAUGAACUUUGAAGGUGGCUCUCAAUAUUCCGCGCCCACCGCCCGCGCAGAUGCCAGAAUCCCUGAAGAUCAAGCUCGCCGCUGCCAACAAAUAG